UGAUAAUGUGAUCAUUUUAAGCGGAGAAGUCUUUCACAUAAACAGUGUAUUAUCAAAAGUAACGUGAUGACUUUUUCUGAUUUUAAUUCUUAAUAACAAUUUUACUAACAAACAAGCAUAUGUAUAGGACGAUUUUAUUUGUUUUGUUAUAAGGACUACAAAAAUGAGCAAAUCGCGGGACAAUAUGAUUUAUUAUUAAGUUAUUUCAUGUGAUGAACGAAAUAGUCGACUUAUUUUCAAGACGUGUAAGCUAAAAAGCGAACAAACGUUCAGAAAAAUAUCACAUGAUUUUAUUUUGACGGAAUAUUUAAUUGCUUAUCAGAUACUGAGUGAAUCAAAAUGUCUUCUACAAAACGCGGCUCGGAAAACGUUUGUGCCGAACCUCAGAACAGAGAAACGCCCACAAAGAAAAGAAGAAAUCAAACUGAAGAACAAGAAGAGAUUGCCAAAAACUGCUCUGAUGUAUAUGUGGAUGGCUCAAAAAAUUGCCUUAACGAAACUCAACUAUCGGGAAGACGGGAUGAAACAUUGUAUCUACAAAUAGUGUAUAUUCUCGUAGAUUUUGGAACAAAAGUGGUCUUGAAUUUGUUUAUUCACUUGCUAAAAAAUGAAAACAAUACUCUUGUUACUUUCUUGACAUCACCUGAGUCGCAAAAGACGCUAAAAGAAUUAAAAAGGAAGAAAAUAUUAAGUGAAAAAGAAUAUAGGCUUUCAAGCGGAAACGGGUUCAAUCCAAAAGCAGAACACUUUGACAUAUCACUCUUAAUAACUUUAUUACAGAACUUGUUACCAGAAGAAAUACUUCCUGCACCAACGAAUGGAUGGCAAAAGCCUCCUCUUCAAGCAGAUUAUUCGCUGUCUGCAGAUUUGUUACGUCUCCGUAAGAUUAGAAAUGAAUUUGUUGCACAUAUGGCAAGACCUCAAAUUCCUUGUUUUAAAUACGAAAAGACCAGAACUGAGUUACUGAUAAUUUUUAGCCGACUUACCCAAACAAUUGAGCCACACAAGGAAGCGGAAAAGAUAAAGACAGAAAUAACCGAUAAAAUUGAUUCUUAUCAAGUUUGUGUAGGUUCUUCAAGGACAAAAGAAUAUAAAAGUCUGAUAAAUGAAUGGAUAACAACAUUCAAUGAAAAGGUAGAAAUGUCACUCAAAGCAGUGAAAGAGUUUGGGUCAUACUUUACCGAAAGACCAAGGCGAUACGAGCGGUAUAUAAAACUACUUAUAGAGGGUGGUAACAAAGUUCUGUAUGGUGUAUUAGAAAGAGAAUGCAAAAAGAAAAACACUAGUGUGCUCACAUACACCGAUUCUCUCCAAAGUCAACGUGGUUACGAAAGAAGUUUUACAGACAGUAACACGCCAGAGUGUGAUGUCACUAAACUUGCUACACUGUUACUUGAGCACUUUUGUGAUGAGUUAAAUGAGAAUGAAAGAAUAGAAAUUAAGAAGAUCCGACGUGCUGUGGAAGAACAUGCGGAUGCGAUUAUCGCUUCAUUGGACAGAGAAAGCUUUACCUCACUGUGGACAAAUCUUGUCAGUUGUAUUAGAUGUUUGUCGAUGAUAUUAGAUACAAAAAUAAAAACACAAUGUGAUGAUCUGAUUGAAACAUACUCAAAAGAUGUUGAGAUUGAUUUCAACGAUCUCCAACGAUAUUGCACAGAUUUGAAGAGCCUCACUGAUGUGUAUCAAGAUGAAGUUAAUCAGUUAAGAGACCUAUUAAAGGAAAUGAAAGAUAGUGAUAUACCUUUCCAAAGGCCUCAAACUUUGGAAAUCAAAAUCAUAACACUUGGGGAAAACAAAGAGAAAGCAAAUAUAGCAGAGAUAAUUUUAUAUACAAUCUGGAAAGAGGCUUUGGAACGAGUUGAUGAUUCAACUAGUUUCAUAUCUGUCAGGGCAGAGGUUUACAAAAUCCUUAGUACAAUCCUUAGCAUACCGGAUGUUACAGACGUUUCUGUUGCACAUAAAUGCAUUAUACUAGGAAUACAAUCUGAUACACCCGCUGCUACUUUGGAGCUUCUGAGUUACUUGGAAAAAGGCACUUUUGAACAAUGCUUGAAUAUAAUUGGAUGUGAAUUGGGGGCCAUUUUUGAUGAAGUUUUUACUUUGAAAUCGAACUUUACUCUUGACUCUCUACUUACCAUUUCCUCAAACAUACAAGAUAAAAGAAUUCCUGGAAAUCAAAAUGGUAUCCGACUUCCGAUUACGUGCAAAUCAGCCGCAGGUUUAAUGGAAGUAUGGUCACUAUUUCAAAGUAAAGAAAUGGAAGAGAGUACAAAGAUGAUGGAAAAAUCUUUUUCUGAAAAUCUGGGACAAAACAUUAUGUUACAAACUCAUCCGGGACUUGUUCACUAUUAUGAGGAAACAGGAGGAGGAAAAUACAUCAGGAUAGGUGACCAUACGGAAGACAAGGAGUGUUUAACACAACAAAUCGUUGAUGAUAAUUUAGACAAGGUACAUCAUGACAAUGUUCUUCCAGGACAGUAUGCUACAAUGAUGCCAGUGAACAUGAGCACAGAUAGCAUUUGUGGUUAUUACUCCAUGGGCGAUGAAUACAAAACAGGAGGAAACAAACAACCAACUGAGACAACAAAAGCGGAGCAUCUUCACAGCGUGAAGAAUAAUGACAGGAGAAAUGAUCUAAUUCAAAGCGUACUACAUUCUCUUGAAAAUACAGACAGUGAAAACAGAGGUGACGGCGAAUCUACACAUGUGCAGACACAAAUAUCUAUAGGCGAUUGUAUAAGGCCAGUCGGCAAAGGUUCAAUUGGGACAGUUGGGCCCUUCGUCAAAAUAAAAGAAACAGGAGAGAUGUGUUUCCUUACUGUGAGACAUAUUUUUGGUCGUCUUGAGCAACCUGAUAAGAUGUUUAUUGGUUCGAAAGUUGCCCAUCGUUUGAGCACCAACACUAAUGCGGGAAUGAUUCGGUCCUCUGCUCCGAAAUACGCAUGCAUACAUUCCAAUUUUCAAGUUGAAAAUGCAAAGCAAAACGAAAUAUUUCAAAUGCAGUUAAUUAAGGUUGGGAAUAAAACUGGCUGGACGAAAGGUAGAAUGCUCUUUACUGAUGGAAAGGUAAUCACGAAACCAGAAACAAUUUUAUAUACAUACGAUGAGAGAAUGAUUAUGGAAGCUGUCCCUUAUUACGGCUAUAUACAUGCUAAAAAUGAAAACGGUGAUGCUUUUGCACAAAAAGAAGAUCACGGAUCUCCGGUUUAUCUAUUAGAUACUAAUGGUCAACUCCAGUGUGUUGGAAUGCUUUGUUGUCAAAUGAAAAAUGGAGAUGAGUAUUUAAUUGGACAGAUCGGUUUUAUCUUAAAGAGCCUCGGGAACAAAAUUGGACAGACAUUAGUGAUUGAUAAAUUCGAACAGGUAAAAUAUUAUAAUUUGAAAUGA